GCUGGUGCGCAGAUGCUUAAACUUUCGUUGGAACUCGAGGAAAAGGAACGCUAUGAAUUUGGAGUCAGGUCUCUGGUUUCUGCAGCCCCCGGGGUCGCCGCCGCCACUGCCAGUGCUCCUGCUCCUGCUGCUGGCAGGGCACAGCUUGGGCAGAUCUGACCCGCUUCCCCUCGUCAUCAACACUUGGCCUUUUAGGGGUGCAACUGUAGCAGCAUGGCAAGAACUACAGGCUGGAGGUUCUGAAUUAGAUGCAGUUGAAAAGGGGUGUUCUUGGUGUGAGAGCAAUCAGUGUGAUGGCAGCGUAGGCUUUGGUGGGAGUCCUGAUGAAUUUGGAGAAACGACAUUGGAUUCCAUGAUUAUGGAUGGCACCACCAUGAAAGUAGGGGCAGUAGCAGAUCUCAGACGAAUUAAAAAUGCUAUCGGCGUGGCGAGAAAAGUAUUGGAGCAUACGAAGCACACACUUUUAGUGGGAGAAUCAGCCACCCAGUUUGCUGAAAAUAUGGGGUUUUCAAAUGAGGAAUUAUCUACCAACACUUCUCGUUUUCUCUAUUUGGAGUGGCUGAGCCAUAAAUGUCAGCCAAAUUUCUGGAAGAAUGUUAUACCAGAUGCAUCAAAAUUCUGUGGACCGUAUAAACCAACUAGAGUCCUUGAAGAGCAACUUCACACCUCUGAGAAAAUAAAUAUUCACAGUCAUGAUACGAUUGGCAUGGUUGUAAUCGGUAAGACAGGACAUAUUGCUGCCGGCACAUCUACAAAUGGUGCAAAGUUCAAAAUUCCUGGUCGUGUAGGGGAUUCUCCAAUAGCAGGAGCUGGCUCUUAUGCUGAUAGCACUGCUGGAGGGGCCGCUGCCACUGGAGAUGGUGACAUCAUGAUGCGCUUUUUACCCAGCUACCAAGCAGUAGAAUAUAUGAGGAAUGGAGUUGAUCCAACUCUAGCUUGCCAGAAAGUUAUUUCCAGAAUCCAGAAAUAUUUUCCUGAUUUCUUUGGGGCUGUUAUAUGUGCCAAUAUAACGGGAAGUUAUGGGGCCGCCUGCAACAAACUUCCAGGAUUUUCUCAGUUUCGUUUCAUGAUUUAUCAUCCCCUGCAAAGUCAGCCAAUUGAAGAAAAAGUAGACUGCAUUUAAUUCUUCUUUUCUGUCAACAUCUAUAUUUAAAAGAUGAAGGAAGAAACAAAGGCUGUAAAGGUUCACUAGCUGCCAUUUUUGAACAUGUUCCCGCAGUAGACCGUAUUCCUUUGUGUCAAUACGAGCGUCAGAGUAAAUUUGUGCUGACACGGCA